CUGCGUAUCUUUUUUUCGUCACCUUGUUUGACUUCAAUUUCAUCCCACAUUGAUUUCUCUUCCAGCAAGGGAUAUAAUAAUUACAAAUGAGGCGUUUUGUUUCUCCAAUUUUAUGUUCAGAAGACUCCAAACAAAAUUCCUUUCCACUCUCAGUCCCCAGUCCCCAGUCCCAACCCCUUUCUUCCAAAUUCCAAAGACAAGAACUUGCGUCUCUUCGGGAGAAAACCCAGGAAAAAUUGAGUUAUGGAGCAACCGGAGCGAAGCUCUCUGAAGAGAAGCUUUGAAGCCAUGGAUGGUGGGAAAAAAGAAACCGACCCAAUGGAGAUACAGCCCCUUCAAGCACAUGAGGUGAAGGUGGUUAAGGCUGCAUUGAUGAGGAACACAAUCGCUGUGGUGGGUCCUGGGACCGACAGGACAAUGCUUGCCUUGCUGAUGGUUCAAGAAUUUGUGAAAUCUUUGAUGGAGAUCAAUGUUGGCAAAAAGAUUGUUGUUUUGGCCACUACUGUUAAUCUUGUUCAUCAGCUAUAUGAAACCAUAAAAUGCCACACCAAGCUACAAGUUCAGCGGUUCUUUGGAGCAAGAGGGAUUGAUAAUUGGGAUGCCAUCCAAUGGGGAAAAGAGGUGAAUGAUCAUGAUGUAUUGGUGAUGACACCACAGAUCUUACUGAACGGGUUGGAAAAGGAAUUUUUGGGUAUGGGAAGAAUUUGCUUAAUGGUCAUGGAUGACUGCUAUUGUGCUAGUGGAAGCCAUCCCUACGCCAAAACUAUGAAGGAAUUCUAUCAUAGAUGCAGCAAAAAGCCCAAGAUUUUCGGGAUGGCUGUCAGUGAUAAGUCUAGAAAAGGCACCUCAACAAUCGAAGAAGUUGAAAACCUUCUGGAUUCCCAGAUUUUAACAAUUGCAAAUUCGGAAGAAUCAGAAGACCAUCUAUCUUCUACAAAUGAGUGCUGCAAAUUUUAUGAUCCACCGCACACUCCCAAUUCAGAAAUGAAGAUAAAACUGGAUUCGUCGUGGUCAAAGUUUGAUGCAGUUUUACUCAAGCUGCAAGUCUUAUGGCUGUUAUCACCAAGUCAUUCUAUUGAUUCCAGCUCGAAAUAUGAAAAGUUGCGUAAAAAAUUGUCGGAUGAUCAUGCAAGUAUUGCACAUUGCCUCCAUAAUCUUGGGGCUAUACCUGCACUUGAGGCUGCUAAAGUUUGUUUGGAAAAUAUUCUUAAUGAUAGAGAAGAAUGUGAAUGCAGGGAUGGUUCCUCUCAGUGCAGAUAUUUUCUUGAGGAAGUAAUAUCAAUUCUUGAUGAGUCACUGCAACUUGACUGUGAAAAGCCUCCAGCUUCUGGUUUUGAUCCUUGUGUUUCCUUCACCAAAGGCUAUAUAACUCCGAAGUUAUAUUUGCUUUUUGAGAUACUCAAAUCAUUCGGGCCAGAUCAAGUACCAUGCGUAGUAUAUGUUGAAAGCAUUAUAACGGCUAAAGUAGUUGAGAGACUUGCAAAGACAAUAACUUUGGGGUCCUUUUGCUCUAAAGUGGUGGAUAUAAUAUUUACGACGGAUGCAGUUAUGGCGGAUGCAGUUAUGGAGGAAACUAAUGCACCCAAGUGCUCUUCUGUCAUAAGAUUUGAUUUGCCAACUUCAGUUUCUAGCUAUGCCCACUCUAGAAAACAAGCUUGUCGAAAGGAUUUGAAGUACAUAACAAUGCUUGAAAGGGGUAACAUAGAACAGAAAGAUCAAAUGUUCCGUUUGAUAUGCAAUGAGUGUUUUGUGGUGGAUACAGUGGAAAUAAAAGAGGACUGUGAUUCUGUUCCGAUAAAAUGUGGAAUGAAGCAAAGUGAUAUAUAUUGUGUAGAGGCAACAGGUGCAUCUGUAGGUGUCGAUUCAAGCAUCAGUUUGAUAAAUCGAUAUUGUCAAAAGCUUGGAGACAAGAAUGCCACUCCAAAGCCAGAAUUUGAGACCAUUGUGUCCCCAGAGCAGUUGUAUAGGUGCCGAUUGACAUUGCCGCCAGAUGCAGCAUUUCAAACCAUUAUUGGUCCUGAUAGUUUGAGCGCUCGUGUUGCCAAAAAACUUGCAUGCUUGGAGGCUUGCAAAAAACUGCACGAGUUGGGGGCACUGAAUGACUACCUCCUUCCUACUGGCACAAAGCCUACCCCCCAAAAGAUUUCUGAUCCACCCUGUCAAGUUGCAACUUCAGCUGCUGGAACUACAAAGAGAAAGGAAUUGCACGGGACAGCCAGCAUUAGUGCAUUGGCUGGAAUGUGGGGAGAGGUCGAAGAAGCUGAAGUAGAGUUUCAAGCAUACAGAAUGGACUUCUGCUCUAAUGAUCCCAAAGUGAACUAUUCUAGUUUUGUUCUUUUAAUGGAAUCAAAGCUAGAUGAUGAUGUUGGAAACAUUGAAGUGGAACUCUAUUUGCUGAAAAGAAAUGUUAAAGCUUUUAUCUCUUCAAUUGGGCAAAUAAGUCUGGAUGCAAAUCAGGUCACAAAAGCAAAACAGUUUCAGGAAUUUUUCUUUAACGGUCUGUUUGGGAAACUGUUUACCCGUGCCUCGGGUGAAAGGAAGCUUAUAUUGGACAUGGAUAGAUCUUUGUGGGAGAAAUCAUACAUGUACUUGCUCUUACCCAUUGUUACCUUAGACUCUAGUCCGGAACCACUAUGCAUUGAUUGGAAUGGAAUUCAAUCAACUGUUUCUGCUGUGGAAUUCUUGAAGAGAAAUGCUUGGUAUAGUGCUGAGUUGUCUGAAGCUAACAGGAGAAAUUGUUUCAUGCAUAGAAAUGAUUUCGAUGCAACAGAGCAGAUUCAAAUGGCUAAUAAAGCAGUUCAUAGAAGCAGCGUGAGGGGUAUGGUUGUCAUUGCUAUCCACUCUGGAAGAAUCUAUUCUGUCUUGGAAUCCGUGACUAAUUCAUCCUCUAGAAGUCCAUUUGAAGGUAGCACUGAUGAAACUCCAUCAAUUUAUUCAUCAUAUGAAGACUAUUUCCAGAAGAGGUACAGGAUUAUUCUGUCGUUUCCUGAACAGUCAAUGUUCUUGUUAAAGCAAAGUCAUAAUGCUCACAAUCUUCUGGAAGACUUCAGAAAUACAGGUUUGUCCCUGAGAAAGGAAUCAAAGCAUGGUGGGAAAAUGCCUAACAUAAAACCACAGCAGCAUGUUCACAUUCCACCUGAACUUCUAAUCAGUAUUGAUAUUAGGUUGGAUGUCUUAAGGUCAUUUUACUUGCUCCCUUCACUAAUGCAUCGACUUCAGUCCCUAAUGCUUGCCAGCCAGCUCAGAAGAGAGAUUUGCUGUCAUUAUGGAGAUUCACAUGUGCCAAGCUCAUUGAUUCUAGAAGCUCUAACAACUCAGAGGUGUAAUGAAAGUAUGUCCAUGGAGCGCUUAGAGCUUCUAGGAGAUUCAGUUUUGAAAUAUGCUCUAAGCUGUCACCUUUUCCUCAAAUAUCCCGAUAUAGAUGAAGGAUCACUAACUGAUAAGCGUAGAUGGGGAAUUUGCAAUGCAACACUUCAUAAGCUUGGCAUCAGCCGUAAUAUACAGGGAUAUAUACUAAACCAUCCAUUCAUUCCACGCACUUGGGCUGCUCCAGGACAGCUUUCUAUUUGGCCGUCUCCAUGCAAACACGGGGUUGACACCUUAGAGGUGCCAGUGAACAACGAUUUCUCCAGAGAUGAUGAGCAGGUUGAAUUCGGACAGUGCUGCGAUAAAGGCCACCGAUGGAUAGUAUCAAAAACUAUAUCUGACUGUGUUGAAGCACUGAUAGGAGCAUAUUAUGUAGGCGGCGGUUUGUCUUCUUCUCUUAAGUUGAUGAAAUGGAUUGGUGUGGAUAUUGAUCUUGACAAUCUACCCAUGGUGAAUGAUGCCCUAAAAGCUGCAUCUCUCCACUCCUAUACUCCAACCUCUACUGCCAUUGAUAGCCUCGAGUCAAAACUUGGUUACAUAUUUUCUGUCAAGGGGCUGUUAUUAGAAGCAAUAACCCACAAAACUAAGCAAGGACUAGGCAUCAAUUGCUGUUACGAGAGGCUUGAAUUUCUUGGAGAUGCGGUAUUAGACAUCCUUAUUACUCGGUAUCUCUAUCAAAACCACACUGAUUUUGACCCUGGGGAGCUAACAGAUUUACGUUCUGCCUCGGUCAACAACACAAAUUUUGCUCUUGCUGCUGUUAGGGCAAACCUUCAUCCUCAUCUUCAGCACUGCUCUACGAGUCUUGAGUUCCAAAUAUUGGAAUUUGAGCAGACAAUAUCUAGCUCUAGCUGCACCGCGGAGUUGCUUGUUGGUGGGAAAGCUCCCAAGGAACUGGGAGACCUGGUGGAAAGUAUUGCCGGGGCAAUACUAAUUGAUACCAGACUUGACUUGGACAAAGUUUGGAAAAUCUUUGAACCGAUACUCUCACCCAUUGUUACUCCUGAAAGUCUAGAACUUCCUCCUUAUAGGGAAUUGAUUGAACUCUGUAGCUCUUCGGGCUACUUUUUGAAUGUUGAUUGGAAAAGUAAUGGGGAAGCAGCGCAUGCCGAACUUAAAGUCCAGUUGGAAGAUGCUUUGGUUGUUGCAGAGGGUCUUGGACUGUGCAGAAAGGAUGCUAAAGGGAAGGCCGCUCUUUGUCUACUCAAAGACUUAAAGAGUAGAGGAGUCUCAUCAAAGAAGAAUAGACCAGAGACUGCAGAUGCUGUUACUGUUCCUUUAGCGGCAGCGGCUCCCUUGUUAACCACUAACGGCAACGACAAUCCUUGCAAAUCAAACACCAGUCUUCGAGUAAUUCCACCAAUAAACAUGAAAAAGGGAGGACCAAGGUCUUCACUUUUCAGCCUCUGCAAGUCGCUUCAAUGGCCAAUGCCCACAAUUGAUGCAACCGAGAGUAAAUCGACGUCUCUAAUUGAAUUUGGCAAGGGGUCUGAAAAGAGGACAGGGUUUAGCAGUUUCAAAUCCCGAAUCACAUUGACAAUUCCAAACAGUGGAGUGGUUGAAGUCUCGGGUGAAAAACAACCUGACAAGAAGAGCUCUGCAGAUUCUGCUGCUCUCUCCAUGCUCCUUGAACUCGAGCGACAGGGGAAGAUUCUCAUUCGUAAAGAGCGUUCGAAUCUGUGAUCUUUGAACCAGAACACGGAAAACUAAGCCGGUUUUUGGGUGUUGUGAAUUGGCUGUUUGGUUAACCUAACCUGGGCUUUAUGUCUCUGUAGUGAGCUAAGAUUGAAGUGAAGCUUUUGUCAGUUGUAAGUAGUAGUACUAGUGGAUUUGUUGUUAUGACAAACAAGCAAUGAUGAAGGUGAAGAUGAGGUAAUUAAUAAGAUAUAUGAUGGCCU